CGACCGCCGGCGCUGACAGGCGUUGUCUCCUUCGCAGGGACGCGGCGAGAGGGCGAGAAUCCGCGCUUUCAAGGGAGCUGCUCCCGGCUUGGCCCCGCGGGGUCCCACCGCACUCGAGGGGAUGGAGAGCCUCCCCCGAGGCCCCUGCACGGCCCGCGAUCCCACGCUGGUCGGCCCUCGCUAGCUGCUUGAAAUUUGCGUUUUAUCCACCACCUAGGCCUUGUCUCCUGAGUCAGUGGCGUUGUGGUUCGAAAGACAUGGAAGAAAAAGAGCGAUGUGACCGAUUUCGUUCUGUCCUCCUGCUUUGAGGCCUGGUUGGCAUUUGCAGAGAGAAAAAUACAGCAAGAAAAUCGUUGGGGGGUUUUUUGGACGGGGUGGAAAAGGAGGGUGAAAAGGAAAACAAGGUUUUAGAUUUUAUACGAUUUUUUAAAACGUAUGCACUUUGACAGUGGUGGCGAAAUACACUAAUCCAAAAGUUAUCUUUCUAUCGAGAAGAGAGAAGAGGGAGGAUUAUUUUUCCUUUUGAUUCCAACCUUUUCUUCCCGUGACAAAGCAUAAAUCAUGGACACCAGAAAAUAACGUGGACCUCAGGAAUUCUGAAAAGACUGAGAAGCGUACAUUCCUCCUCAGGAGGGAAGGGUGGGGUGUUUUUAGCCCUCUCUGGAAUCUAAAACGAAAAACAUGAGUUGCGUGCCAUGGAAAGGAGACAAGGCUAAAUCUGAAUCAGUGGAGCUGCCCCAGGCAGCACCCCCACAUAUCUACCAUGAGAAACAGCGCAGGGAGCUGUGUGCCCUGCAUGCCCUCAAUAACGUCUUCCAGGACAGCAAUGCCUUCACCCGGGAUACGCUGCAAGAGAUUUUCCAGAGGUUGUCUCCAAACACCAUGGUGACCCCCCACAAGAAGAGCAUGCUGGGAAAUGGGAACUACGAUGUGAACGUCAUUAUGGCAGCACUUCAGACCAAAGGCUACGAAGCUGUUUGGUGGGAUAAGCGCAGGGAUGUUGGCGCCAUUGCUCUCACUAACGUCAUGGGCUUCAUCAUGAAUCUGCCCUCCAGCCUGUGCUGGGGUCCACUGAAGUUGCCACUCAAAAGGCAGCACUGGAUCUGUGUUCGAGAGGUGGGAGGGGCCUACUACAACCUCGACUCCAAACUGAAGAUGCCAGAAUGGAUUGGAGGCGAGAGCGAGCUCAGGAAAUUUCUAAAACAUCAUUUGCGAGGAAAGAACUGUGAACUCCUGCUGGUGGUACCAGAAGAGGUGGAGGCCCAUCAGAGUUGGAGGGCUGACGUGUAAGGCAGUUCUGCCCAACCUUCCCUCACCUCCACCCCAUAAAUCCUCUGUGACAUGCUGUGGCCUAUACCGUGGCUCUGCCCUUGCCACUUUCCCAAACAUCUCAUCGGGUUUUUCCCCUCAGAUUUGACAGUGCAAUAGGACAGACGUGUGGACUGUUUGUUAUAAGAACCAGCCAGCCAUCCUCGUUCCUGGGAAAGGAAAGUAGGAGCUCUGCGUGCUUAGGGCAAGCUAUGGAAGACCCUUGCCGUGUUUAAGAGAGGAGAAAGAAAGGUGGGUCCUAGCUUAUUUUCCCCAUUUCUGUGAGGACUUGACAGAGGCUCUGCUGGAGUUUACUGCUGCUCUGACUCAUCUGGAGAUGCUGCCUCCACUUCCCCUUUCCUGGCAGCCAGUGGGUCUGAAGACACAGUACAUGCAAAGCCUGUGUGGCUGGCCUGAGGGACCCAGAGCAAAAAGGCCUCUCAGGAAACCAUCUCUAGAACCACAGCAGAAGUACAGCAUGCUGUCUCCAACCCUUCCUGCCACCCUCACCCCAUUUUUAAGGGUGGUUUAUGGCCAUCCUUGGAAUUUUAUAAUGAAACGUUUUCUAAUAUUCCACUCCAGGUGGUUAAAUCCUGCAGUUUUGUUGUGUAACAGGAGGUAUCUAAGAGGAUGUGGCCAAAGCCAGACUGGGGCAGGCACGGGCAGCCUGACUGCCUCACUGGCUCACUCCAGCAUUGUCCCUGCUACUGCACCACAGUGGUUUAAGAGGCUCUGGGGGACAAGAUAGGCAAAAGGGCAAUAUUCCCAGUUGACCCACUCUGGCAAAAUCAGGGAAAAAAUGACUGCCUUCGACAUCAAAUUCCACUAGUUUGAGACAGCUGAGCAAGGAAAGUAUUGUGAAGAUAAGUCUUCAGAGAUUGGGAGCAGCUAGAGUUGGCAGAAGUCCUAGACGUGGAGUCACUGUAGUGACAAGAAGCAGAGCCCUCAAGUUGGGUGGAUAUGUGCGUAUGCUUAGGACUUGGGUUUGUCAUCUCUGUAGUUUCCUUUACAGAUCAACUGAGAAUUGACCUGCCCCCUACCUCUUUAAAUAGUUGUAGGCCACUUUUCUCCCCAUAACUUUGGAAAACAAAAGAGGAGGGGAAGUAAGUGUCAUACCAUACUGCCUGUCACCAAAGUGGUUGUGGUUGCCUCAAGCCAGGUGGGCGGGCAGGGAUGGCCUGUCCAACCUUGCAGAUCAGUGGUCUUGGCAGGUCUGAAAGCUGCCCCACUGGCCAGACUUCUCUCCAGCAGCAGAGCCAGCCUGGGGCUUGCAUGUCAAACCUGAGCAAGCUUAACGGGAUGAGGCUGAGGCUCUCUCCCCACUGUGACUGGAGUGCAUGUUUACACCAGCACUUUUCUGCACAUGUAUCUUCAAUCCAACAAGGCCAUUUUUAUGCUGAGUAACAGGCCACCAAGCGGCUACUGCAUUACACCCUCUCAGCAACUGGCCGCAGUCUCUUCUGCACCAUUUUCUACACUAGACCUGCUUGGCACCACAGGGAGCUCUUUCCCCCUGCACAAUGACAUUCCAACCGCCACCAGCCGGAAGUUACAGCCAACCUUGCUGAUUGUCACAAGCAGGACCUUGGGUCCAUUGGCAUUGUCAGUGAUGUAAGCCAUUUCCUGGGAGGAGGAGGAAACUCCUCUCCACCAAUCUGCUAGGGCCUGUGCAAAUGGCACUUCAAAGGAGUCCCCAUGCACUUGGAGUCCAUGAGCCAAUGGAAUAUGCAAAGAUGCUUAAACAUUUCAGGGCUGGUUUCUCUGUUCAUAUCCAAUUCCGGUGCUUAGGAACAGGGACCCAUGCUGAUGCCCAAGGGCAAAAAGCCCCACUUCCUUCAAGGAAGAGGGUGGGCCUGACCCUAAUGCCCAGUAAGGGGCAACCCUAGGCUUUUUGUUUUUCUUGCUUUUAUUCCCCUUUUUUCGUUGGCCUUGUGCUGGGUUUGUUUACAAAAGAUGUAUUUUGUUUAACCAAAUAUUAAAAAUGUAAAAUUCUGUACAUGAA